UCCGUCGUGUGAAACGUUCUUUUUUUGUUUCCGCUCUCUCGCCGUCGUCCCCGUCCGACGUCCGAUGCCGUCUUGGCCGUUCCGAUACCGUCGCGACCCGUAACACGCACAACACGCGCGACGACUCAGCAGCUGCCGUCGACGAUCUGCGCCGCGUUUCCUCUUCACAGUCUUCGUUCCAAGUCAUCGUCCCGUUAUCUUUGUUAUUGUUGUUUUUUUUUUCCGUUCGUUCAUUUUCGCUAUUUUUUUUACACACUCCCGGCCGCAACCUCUCUCUGAUCGCCACCACCACGGGCACCAGCACAGCCUGCCGUACGGGGACACACCAUCGCGCUCGCAAGUCGCACUCGUACAUAUUGUUAUUGUUGUUAUAUACGUGCAAUAGUAAUUAUAAUAUAAUAUAUAUUUUAUAAAAACCGUGUUAUUUUUAUUAUCGUUAUUAUCGUUGUUAUUGCUAUUAUUAUUACGCACAAGCAACAACUUUCGGACGAAUACAAAAAAAAAAAUAAAUAAAAUAUUACAUCCCGACACGACCGCGACGGUCAAACAUCGUACGCGCACGCACACGGCCGUGCAAUUGCAAUAAUAAUAUUAUAUUAUAUAUUUUGUGCGGUGCAUCGUCGUCAUUCUGCAGAGUGUACGCUCGUCGUUUCGUUUUCUUCAUAACAACAAUCGUAACAAUAAAGAAAAUAAUGCGCAGUGUGCUCGCCACCGUCAUUUGAAGAAGAACACAGCGUCGUAGUUAUGCUCCUUUUGUGAUACGAUUUUUCUCCGAAAUCCGUAUUGUAACGAUAUUCAAUUUAUAUCAAUAAUACACUACAAACGUGCUGAUCGAUACGACGACACAUUAUUUAUGGCUAUCAAUCAGAUACUGUCGUCGAGCGCCCACAGAGCCUUAGCGCACGAGUAUAAGAGUCUUCAGGAUGAACCCGUCGAGGGAUUCAGGGUCAAGUUAAUCGAGGACAACCUACGGGAAUGGGAAGUGGCUAUAUUCGGACCACCAGAAACCCUUUACCAAGGAGGAUAUUUCAAGGCUCAUAUGAAGUUUCCGGCAGACUAUCCAUAUUCACCACCAACUAUAAGAUUUCUGACGAAAGUAUGGCAUCCUAAUGUAUAUGAGAAUGGUGAUCUAUGUAUUUCAAUUCUUCACCCACCAAUAGAUGAUCCUCAAUCUGGAGAGUUACCAUGUGAAAGAUGGAAUCCUACCCAAAGUGUCAGGACAGUAUUACUAUCUGUAAUUUCUUUACUAAAUGAACCAAAUACAUUCAGUCCUGCUAAUGUAGAUGCUUCCAUCAUGUACAGACGGUGGAAAGAUUCCAAAGGAAAAGAUAAAGAAUAUGAAAAUAUAAUUAAAAAACAAGUUGUAAGUGGCCGAUUAGAGGCUGAUAGAGAUGGAGUUGUUGUUCCACUUACACUAGAAGAUUAUUGUAAAGUGAGCCAAGUUGCUCGUUCUUCAGCUGCUGCUGCUGCAAUGGACAGUGAUUUUUAUGUAGAAGACUACGACUUAGAUGUCGAGUCUGAUGCAAACUCGGAAGAAGAGUAUCAGGAUGAUGCUACUGAUAGUGGCAAUGGUGAAUCAUGAAACCAAACAUUUAUUAGGAAUUUUCAAAACAUUAAACAAUAUAUAAUAAACAGACGUAAUAAUUGCUAUCGAACAUUUGUCUGUGUUGGACAAAAUAAUUUAAGUUCUGUUUUGGGGUCAAUGGUAUCUCUUUGCAUGUGAUCUUAAUUUUUAAGACAACAAUAUGUGACAUUGUUCUUAUAUCCUACUUAUACACGGUAGACUUAAAUAUAUCCCUGUAUACAUAAAUACAUAUACAUACAUAAGUAUAUAUUUAUACAUAUUAUUUUUUUGCUUUUUCCAAAUUUUAACUAAAUUGUAUAAUUUUUAAUAAAUUACUACUACUAAAAAAAAAAGUAAUAAUAAUAUAAUAUCUAUUGACAUAAUUUAUAGCUUAUUCUCAUUCAUCCCAUCAUCUAUAAACUUAAUACUCCUUAAAGAGUUUAGUUUCUUUAAUUAAUUCUAUUUUUUAUUCCUUAUAGGCAGCUAAAAUGACUGAGAAUAUUAUUCGUCAAAUUUAAAUAUUGUGGUAUUGCUACACACAUGUAGAUAGUAAAUUGAAUUUAAUGUUUAUUAUUGUUUUUAAUACUUAUGUCUUAUAUGUGAAUAUGUGAUAACAAAAAGAAAAAAUGAGCUCAUAAUAUGAAAUAAACCUUUCAUGAUAAAUUCAUUUUUUUUUUUAAUUUGUCUAUUUUGGUACUAUAAAAUUUUUGUUUAGAAUUAUAAAACAAAAAUAAACAAAAAAAAAAAAAUUAAAUAGUAUACCUACCAAUUUAUGUAUUUAUAAAUUAUAAUGAUGUCUUUAAUUUGUUCACUAUUGAUCUACAUACUUCUUACGUAUUUGUUAUUAGGGUAUUAUAUUUAUAAAGACACGACUAAGAUGAAUCAUUGCACAUUUUUUUUAAUUGGUCAGACCAUUUUAUGUUAUAUUUUAUUAACGUAUAAAAUGUAUUAAGAAUAUAUGUGUAUACGUGUUUUGGUGCAAAUACCUACUUAAAAAUUAAACAAAUAUGAGUUAUAUAAGUUCACAUAGUUGAUUAAGAGAUUAAUUUUAAUAUUGUAUUCUAUUAGACUUUAUUAUUUAGUUGGUGGUUUUAUUAAUGUUGUGUAAUUAAUACAACAAUGUUUCUUGUGUAAUUUGGUCUAACACAAUACACAUAUUAAAUUUCACAAUAUGUAUUUAUGUAUCAUACUAAAAAUAAAACCUGUGAUGAUUGCUGUAUUGGACAUACGGACUUUAAAAGAGAAAAAUAACUUUAAUCAAUCCUAUUUGUUUUAUAUAACUGUUGGUUAAAUACAAUUUUGCAGAAAUAGGAAGUACUGUUUAAAACUACUAAAAUGUUUAAAACAUUUGUUAUUUCGAGAGACACGAUAACAUAACAAUAUUAUUUUCUUAAAUAUCUAAGUAAUUGGUAGAAUCUAUGUUUAAAAUCUAUAGACCUCCACAGGACUUGUGAUAUACAACAUUGAAUAUUAAAAUAUAUAUAUAUAUAUACAUAUAACAUAAAAGUAUUUUUUAAUGUUUGACUAUAAAUUAUUUGUAUGAUUGUCAUUGUUAAAACUGUGUACGAAUCAACAAUAUAACAUUAUUUAUAAGUAGAAAAUUAUCCUACUUUUUUUUGUACGUAAGAUAAACGCCAACGCUUAAAAAAAAUUUACUGUUAACAAAAGUAAUUAAUACCAUGUAAACAGGACUUUUGAAAUCUAAUGUGUGAAUGUAUUAUAUAAUAUAGUAAAAUGUAUCUUUUGUAAUAA